GUGAAAGGCUCCCGCCCGCCGCCAUUUUCUUUCUUUCUUGGCAGGCAGCGAGCGGGGCAGGAAGCGGAGGCCGAGCGGCCAUGGCGGACUAUUCCACGGUGCCCCCUCCCGCUUCGGGCGCGCCCGGGGGAGGCGGUGGCGGAGGCGGAGGGGUCAACGAUGCCUUUAAAGACGCGCUGCAGCGGGCGAGGCAGAUUGCAGCAAAAAUUGGUGGAGACGCAGGGACCUCAAUGAACUCGAACGACUACGGUUAUGGAGGACAAAAAAGACCUCUUGAGGAUGGAGAUGGCUCUUGGACAAGUCUGAGCAGUACAGCACACUGGGAGGGAAUGCCCUCUCCUUUUAAAGAUCAACCAGAUGCUAAGAAAGUUGCACCUCAGAAUGAUUCUUUUGGAACCCAGAUGCCACCAAUGCAUCAACAGCAAAGAUCUGUAAUGACAGAGGAGUACAAGGUUCCAGAUGGAAUGGUUGGAUUCAUAAUCGGCAGAGGAGGAGAACAGAUCUCGCGCAUACAGCAAGAAUCUGGAUGUAAAAUACAGAUAGCUCCUGAUAGUGGUGGCCUGCCUGAAAGAUCUUGUAUGUUAACUGGAACACCUGAAUCUGUCCAGUCUGCAAAGAGAUUACUUGAUCAGAUAGUUGAAAAGGGAAGACCUGCACCUGGCUUUCAUCAUGGUGAUGGACCUGGAAAUGCAGUGCAAGAAAUUAUGAUUCCAGCCAGUAAGGCAGGGUUAGUUAUUGGAAAAGGUGGAGAGACAAUUAAGCAACUUCAGGAACGAGCAGGAGUCAAAAUGGUCAUGAUUCAAGAUGGGCCGCAGAACACUGGCGCGGACAAGCCUCUUAGGAUAACAGGAGACCCAUACAAAGUUCAACAAGCCAAGGAAAUGGUGUUGGAGCUAAUUCGCGACCAAGGUGGCUUUAGAGAGGUGCGCAACGAAUAUGGGUCAAGAAUAGGAGGAAAUGAAGGGAUAGACGUUCCAAUACCGCGAUUUGCUGUAGGUAUAGUAAUUGGAAGAAAUGGAGAGAUGAUCAAAAAAAUACAGAAUGAUGCUGGUGUUAGGAUCCAGUUCAAACCAGAUGAUGGAACAACUCCAGAUAGAAUAGCCCAAAUCACAGGGCCUCCAGACAGAUGCCAGCAUGCUGCAGAAAUUAUAACAGAUCUCCUUCGCAGUGUUCAGGCUGGUAAUCCUGGAGGACCAGGACCAGGUGGUCGUGGAAGGGGUAGAGGCCAAGGCAACUGGAACAUGGGGCCUCCUGGUGGAUUACAGGAAUUCAAUUUUAUUGUACCCACUGGAAAAACUGGAUUAAUCAUUGGCAAAGGAGGUGAAACUAUCAAAAGCAUAAGCCAGCAGUCUGGUGCUAGAAUAGAACUUCAGAGAAAUCCACCACCAAAUGCAGAUCCAAACAUGAAAAUGUUUACUAUCCGUGGGACACCACAGCAGAUUGAUUAUGCUCGGCAACUUAUAGAAGAAAAAAUUGGAGGUCCAGUAAAUCCUUUGGGUCCACCUGUUCCUCAUGGGCCCCAUGGUGUUGUUCCUGGCCCACAUGGACCUCCUGGACCGCCAGGUCCUGGCACUCCUAUGGGACCUUAUAAUCCUGCUCCUUAUAAUCCAGGACCCCCUGGUCCUGCACCCCAUGGUCCACCAGCACCAUAUGCCCCACAAGGGUGGGGUAAUGCCUAUCCACACUGGCAGCCACCAAACCCACCAGAUCCAGGUAAGCCAGGAACAGACCCCAAUUCUGCAGCAUGGGCUGCUUAUUAUGCUCACUACUAUCAGCAGCAAGCACAGCCACCACCUGCAGCUCCUCCUGCUGGACCAGCUCCAACUCAAACUAAUGGACAAGGAGAUCAGCCAAAUCCAGCACCAGCAGGGCAAGUUGAUUAUACAAAGGCAUGGGAAGAAUACUACAAAAAAAUGGGUCAACAAGGGCAGCCACAAGAUUAUUCAAAGGCUUGGGAGGAAUAUUACAAGAAGCAAGGUCAGGCAGUUCCAGCACCAGCCGGGGCCCCACCAGGUGGUCAGCCUGAUUACAGUGCAGCAUGGGCUGAAUAUUACAGACAACAGGCAGCAUAUUAUGCCCAGACAAGUCCACAGGGAAUGCCACAGCAUCCUCCAGCACCACAGUGCAGGUUUGAUCCAGCCAGUAUAGAACUAGCUCUGUAGGGGUGAGGAGGACUGUGCUGUGUAUCAUCCUUGAUUGUUCCUUCAAGGAGCAUUGCACUGUAAGUACAUCAGAAUGACAAAUUGAUGAACUGCAACAGUAUCUUUUUGUCAAUGUUCCACAUAAUGCAAAUGCCAUACCUGUGUAAAUAUUAUGUUGGAAUACAGUGCUGCUAUCUUAGGAAAUCAUAACUGCUUCUUAAUUCAGAAACAUAGGUGUGCAUAUAUAUAUAUAUAUUUAUGUAUGUAUGUGAGCUUUAUGGGUAAGUAUUCUUGAAAAACCUAGCAAUAGCUAAAGAAAACUUUGUAUUUAUCUAAGUAAUGUAGUAUUUUUCACUAGUGUUUAUGAGUUGAAGGCUGUAUUAUUCAGCGUAUGAAAAUAUGCAUAUCUUAACAUGAAAGUUUUUGGAACUGCUUGUCAGACAGAAGUUGUUUUGUCCUCAGUUAGUUUGCAGAAGUGUAGUGAUGUAGGUAUGUUAAAUCAUUUUAUAAACAUGUAUUUGCUUUAUCUUUUGGAGCACCAUUUUGUUGCUUUGAGAAUAAUAUCUUAAGGUGGCUGCGCAGAGAAGUUAAACUUUAAGGCUUGAAAAUUGAGUAGUUUUAUCAUGCAGGUAAUUAGCAAUGUAUUUAUUGUGUUGUAGAAUCUAGAAGGAAUUGUCUUUUACCCCUUUUUAAAUUAGGAAUUAAAAUAGUAGUUUGAAACAGGAAGAUGCUUGCUAUCUUUAGUGUAGGAUAUGAAGUUUAAUAGUUCAAGUCUUUUGCAUGAUAUUACAUAUAAUGACCUUGUAGUGAAAUGGUGCAUUUAUUAUGAACUAAAUUGAACAAAAUUUAAAUUCACUGGAUUCUUUAUCAUUCACAAAUGGAGGCUGUUGAUUUUGAUUCAUUUAAGGUAUAAAAUCUUUAUUAAUUGCAAACAGUGCAAUUAUUUAUACUUCACAGUGCCUUCCCAGACCUUCCACCUUAGGUUCUGCUGCAAAAAGCAACAGGUAAGCACAACCUAAGGAAGUAUAUAAAUAAAUAUUUCAGUACAUUAAUGUUGUCCCUGUGAGAUUUUUUUCUUUUUUUUUCUUUUUCUUUAUUUUUGUGGUUGUGUAUCAAAAGCAAUCUGCUGCUUUCCCCAAAUGCAUUGUUACUCAUGGUACCAUUUCAGUGGGAAGUCUUAAGUUGUUAAACAAGUGUUUAUAUUUCUAGGUAAACAUGCAUCUUUUAGAAAAGAUAAGUGGAUUGCUGCAGUAAUUCAACUUGAUCUGGAUAGCCAUUUUUAUGACUUUUAUUCAAGCAGUUCAAUUGUUACAAUUAAAGAAACAAAACCCUUUUCAUUAUGCAGAGUAAUAGUUAGAAAUUUCAACAGCCUUCACAAAUUUUGUUGUUUUUUUUUUUAAAGAAAUAGGUUAUAUUCCCACCCUGUCUGUAAGAACUAAAUACAAAGGGUACUUUGUAUUUCUAUUACUACUGAUGCUGGUAAUUUAAAAGUAUACAAAAUAUUCAUGCAAUUUUUAGAUAACCUAGUUUUCUUAUCCAUCUAUAUGGUCAAAAAACUAAGACUUCAGCUUUUCAGAACAGUAUGUCUUUAUAGAAAGCAUGUGCACCAAUGAAAUGCUAAUGUAUGGCAAAUUAGGUUUUGUUUUUUUUUUAAUGAUCUAUAUAGCAAUCAGCAUUUUCUGUUCCUUGAUACUUUAACUGAAUUGCUGUAUAUGCUUAGUGUGUUUCAUAGAUGGUCUGGUAUAAUUUUUUCAGUUAAAUUGAAAAAAAUAUCUACAGCAGCAUCUUACCAGAACUUGUUUUAUUAUUCAGUUUUUAAAAUGUACUGAUCCUUUUUCAAAAGUCCUGCUUAUCUGUGCAUUCAAGAAAAAUAUUCAAAAAUACUGCCUUCAUUUUCACACACAGUGCUGAAGAUGCUGCAAGCACCAAAUCAUAGCUCAUAGAAUCAGGUCCUGAGAUAGUUACUACCAUUAAAGAGGAAUCCUUUGAGUGUAUGCCAUUGGUGAGCCGAUGAGCAUGGACCAUAGAAGGGCUCCAUGUAGAAGGUAACAUUGGCAAAAAAAAUAACAAGAUUUGAAAUGUAUCCCAUUCAUAAUGGUGUAGGGAAUAUUUUUUUUUGUUUGAUCACUUUUCAUUCUUUUAAAGUGCUAUUUUCUUUACCAUAAAUGUUCCAUAAUCUGUUAAGUUUUUUAAACUGUGGUUAAUAAUAUAAGCCAUCUAUUUUGAUUUACAUUAUUCUAAACGGUCAAGUUUAGAUAUAUUGACUUUCUGAACUAAAUUAAUAUUUGUACUUGAAUCUCUUUAAGCCACUUCAUUUUGGUUGACAUGUAGUUUUGAUAAUGUAAUUCAGACUUUAUUUUUUUCAUGGGAAGAGCUAGGUAUGUACCAGUUUAAAUCCAAGAAUUUAUUGUUGGGUGGGUCUUCUCUUUCAGUUCCUUUUAAACGUGCUACUAUUUUAUUUCACUGCAAUAUAAUUUUUAAUUACUAAGAUCAUAAAUUGUAGUAAAACUAAAAAUCAGGAGGGAAGACAAAAGCCAUUUUAUUGGAUAGCUGCUGGAGCAUGAAAGAUGAGAUGAAUCUGCCUUAGUUUAGUGUCUGAGGUGGUUUGUUUGUUUUUUGGGGUUUUUUUCAGCUCACUUAGCUGCUGGACUUACAGGCAUGUAACUGUUGAAUGGUGUUAGUUCAGUCUCAAAACUGAGACUUUUUCCAGAAGACGGAAAAUAAAUUGGAAUAUGAUCAGAUAGGGGAGUUUUUGAGAAUUAUUUUAGAAAACUAGAACUUUCCAAAAUGGGACUUUUAAAUAAAUAUAUCUUUGUUAAAACAUAUGAAUGAGCUUAGAAAGUGAAGAGUUUUUUUCCAGUUUAAGGGGAAGUAGGGAAGCAUUAAUGUUUGAAGUCGUAAAAGUAUUUUCAGAUCACUUUCUACAGUCUAUACUAUACUGUAGGAAAUGAUGUGAAAUAAAAUAUCAGCUAGAAGGAUAAUAUUUAUCGAAUCAUUAUAUGUAGUGUAUUAUAGUGUCAGGAAGGUGGUAUUAUUUACUGAAUAGCCUUUAUUACUUGAAAUACUUUGGUUUUCUAUUAUAGAAUUUUAGUUUCUACUAUCCAACAUUUACUUCCAUCCUGUCCCACACAAAGUAGCCUUUAGGUUUCUCUUGCAUGCUGUAAAUUGAUUAGGAAGAAACUGACUAUUCUAGAAAGCACACAGUUGAAGGGUUCCCUUUUCCCUAGUAAUACUCUAUACAGCUCAUAUGUAUAUGCACAAAUAUUUCUCUUAUGUGCACGUGAAAUGCAUUUUCGUCCUGAGAAAAGUGUUCUCUACAGAAACUACCCGUGUGUAAAAAGAAGAUUGGCUUUAAAAGGCAACUGUGAUGGGAACAGUGUCUUAGGGAGAUGCAGCUUGGACUUGAGGUAAAUUGAAUGCUUUACAAAAUGUGGUUUUGAGCUUGCAUUGGCAUUGUAUGUAAUAUAGGUACACAUUAAUUGUAUAAUGGUUUUGUAUGGUUUAUGGCUUUCUCAAUAAAUGUAAACUGAUUAAUAGUACAAA